AUGCAGGCGUCGGGGGGCGUCGGGGCGGGCGCGGGGCCGCGGGUGCUGGUGGUGGGCGCGGGGGUGGCGGGGCUGGGGGCGGCGCGGCGCCUCCUCCUCCUCCCGCACGCCCCCCGCCGCCGCUUCGCCGACCUGCGCCUCUUGGAAGCCUCGGGGAGAGUCGGCGGGCGCGUCCGCUCCGCCCGCCUGGGCAAGAAGGUGAUCGAGAUGGGUGCCCACUGGAUCCACGGGCCCUCCCAGGAGAACCCCGUCUUCCGCUUGGCAGGGGAGUACGGGCUGCUGGAAGAGAGCGCCAUGUCGGAGGAGAACCAGCAGGUGGAAAUUGGGGGGCAUCUGGUGCUGCCGUCGGUUUGCUACUCCAGCCAGGGCCGGGUGGUCAGCCCAGACCUGAUGGACUCCAUGGGAGUCCUCUAUGUGACCCUCUUAGAAGAAACACGGGGGUUCCUGCGCGCGCCUGAAGUGCCGGUGCCCAGCGUGGGCGAGUAUCUCAAAGAGGCGAUUGCUCAGCGAGCAAAGGAAUGGCCGGAGAAUGAGGAGACGAAGGGCUUGAAGCUGGCCGUGCUCAACAUGUGCCUGAAGGUGGAAUGCUGUGUCAGUGGGACACACAGCAUGGACUUGGUGGCACUGGGCCCCUUCGGGGAGUACACCAUGCUCCCCGGCCUGGACUGCACCUUCCCCAAUGGCUACGAAGGCCUCACAGAUGGCAUGAAGGCCUCUCUGCCCAAAGACGCCGUGCUGUUCAAUAAAGUGGUGGCCGCCAUUCGCUGGGGAGGCUCCUACACGGAGGGCGUCACAGGCCGGCUCUUCCCGGUGCAAGUGGAGUGCGAGGACCGCGAGACGUUCCUGGCAGAUCACGUCAUCGUCACCGUCCCUUUAGGUUUCCUCAAAGAACGACAGGAGACCCUUUUCUGUCCUCCCCUUCCGCCCCGGAAGGCGGCAGCGAUUCAGCGCCUGGGCUUCGGGACCAAUAACAAAAUCUUCCUGGAGUUUGAGCAGCCGUUCUGGGAGCCAGGCUGCCAACUCGUGGAGGUGGUGUGGGAGGAAGAAUCGCCCCUGGCCGAGCGCCCCACUAACUUGCCAGCGGCCUGGUUCCAAAAGAUCGGGGCCUUCGUCGUUCUCCACCCCCCAGAGAGGUACGGGCACGUCCUCUGCGGCUUCAUUGCUGGGGAAGAAGCUGAAUUCAUGGAAACCCUCACAGAUACGGAGGUUCUCACAGCCCUAACUCAAAUGCUUCGCCAAGUGACGGGGAAUCCGGAACUGGCUCCUCCAAAGAACAUGCUGAGGUCCAAGUGGCACAGCGAACCCUACACCAGAGGCUCCUAUAGUUACGUGGCUGUUGGCAGCUCUGGAGAAGACAUCGACGCUCUCGCCCAGCCGCUUCCCGAGGAAGCAUCGGAUCCCAUGCCGCCACAGGUCCUUUUUGCAGGAGAAGCCACGCACCGGACUUUCUAUUCUACUACGCACGGCGCCUUGUUGUCUGGCUGGAGAGAAGCAGACCGCCUCAUCCGUCUCUACGACGGCUCUGAAUCCCAACGGUGUGCUCCGAAGUUGUGA